CGGAACUUCAAUCGUUCAGUGCAAAGAGUGCAGUGCAAUCGUUCAGUUUCAAAAAUUGAAACGACUUCGCGAGCGUCUUCGCGUCGCGUCGCGAUUGACUCACGGUAAAACGGGUCCAUGUCGCUUGCUAAUAUUUUCUCCGCGUUGAAGUAAGUUUGUCCGGAUCGUCAGAAUUUUUAAAACAUUCCUACGAAAUCCGAUGUUGCCAGGAUCCCGUCACAAGUAUUCCUAUUACCGUUUUCUGUACUCUUUGUGUAAACAAUGGAAAAGAUCUGAUCUUUCUGUAUGCACGUCCUUUAGUGCGCCAGAGCGUGUACGAGUUCGUAUCCGUGAGUCUGUUACACAGCUGCAGUGUGCUAGUGUGUGUGUGCGAAGCAGCUAAUUCCAUUUUUUGAAAGAGCAGCAGAAGAAGACUACGAGCAGGAAACAUUGCCAAAUCAUAAAUACAUGGUGAGUUCGAGCUAAGUGAAAGAAAAGGAAAACAAUCCAAUCAACCGAAACCUUCAACACCCACAACGCGUAGGGGCGCUUGUGAGAGACGAUAGGUGAUACGCUUUCGAGAAGGGGUUGUCAAAGUUCGACUUGGUCGGGACGUCGUUAGCAACCACUAACUACGACGACUGUGAUCCGUCUACAUGUACCGCCCGUAUUUGAACCCAACCAAAACUAUUCGAGAAAAGAUGCGCAUCUUUGAGGAAGAUGAAACAAAUCUAGAGAAUAGCAGUACCGUUCAUCGGAUCAACCAGCAACAGCAUCAACAUCGCAGCACCGAUAGCACGAGUGUGAUUAGCGACGGCCGAGAAACUCUAGGAGUGAUGCCACCGAUCAAUUCCAGCCAGAGUGUCAUGACUGAUUCACAAGGUUUAAUUCUACCGAAGAAGCUCGUUAACCCGGUGCUGGAAUCGAUGGAUCGCCAGAACUUGCAUCGCGAGCUAAAGUUCAACCAGAAAAUGGGUAAAAGUGUGCUGAACCAAAAGUCGGAGCUGCAGCGGGCACUUGAAAAGCAAAAGGAGCGCCAGGUGCUGGCAGCCCAAAAUCUGACCAAACAGCAGCAGGCGGAGCAAACGAUCGCCAGUGAAUUGGGUCGGGUGAUCAUGCAUCGGGCACAGCGUUUGGAACAGCAAAAAAUGGGCGGCGGAGGUGGGAGUGGUACCGAAACUGGCGGCUCUAUCAACCCGGAAUACUUGAACGCUCGAGCCAAACUACGCGCAACCGUCGACACAAAGUGAACAAAUCGGUAUCCUGCGAUAUGCUGUGGUUCCUUGCGUGUACCACUUGUGGCUGUUACUGUGCCCGCAGAACAAGAAAACGCCGUCUCUUUUUCCCUGCAACAGGUUUACUCCGCGCGGGAGAUGCCAUACACAUUACAUACUUCUUAGUACAGCUCGCACCACAAUGAUCGAUGUUCUUGUCUUGCUACCCGGGCCAAUGUGGACGAAACACGGUGCAAAUAGCAACAACAGACAAACGUUCCGAGAUUCCUUCCCAUUCCACGGAAAAUCAGAAGUGUAUUUCAAGUGCUCGAUUUUGUCUUAAACUUUUAUGUUUUAGUGCAAUAAGUUUUAGUGAAAAAGAGGAAAGAUAAAGAGAAAAAUUCUUCAAGGUAUUACAGUGUAGGUUAUUAGAUUGCGUGCGAUAUCGCUUUGUUUUAAAGCAUGGAUUCAGCAAAGAUGAGUGCAGAAGAGAAAAACAUAAUCUCUUCCCGGUAAGGGAUUGUUUUUAUCGUUCCCAUUUUGCCAGUUGUGUAUGUGAAUGUAAAAGGCACCCUUGUGGCAGGAGUAAAGUGUGUCUUAGACAUCGGUGAUAUUUCUAUUUGUGUGUACCUUGGCACAACCGUGCAACCCAGCGAGUAAACAAUUGUAGGCUUUAAAUAGGUAUAAUGAACUGUAAUGUAGUCAAUAGUAUUUUCAUUGUAUUUGUAUUGUCCGAAAGUGUUUCAUCAUAAGCCCUAUUUUUAUUAGAUGAGAGAUUUAAAGCAUAUAUUCUGCUAUUGUCUUAUACCACUAUUCCUCUUAUGUUUGUCCCCAUGAGCGUCAUUUAGCAAACAGAAAACACAGAUAACAGAACAAUCUCAUCAACAUACCUUUCGAGUACACAUUUCGAUGGCCUUUGAUUGUAGUGGGUAAUAUUAUACAAAAUUGUGCAGUUUGGCGGAAAACAACUCAGUUAGAAAAUCGAACCAGAGCAAGAAAAUGUGCGAGAUAAUGGAAUAAGGCGCGAAAGGCAUCAGUGUCUGUUCAUGCCAAAUAAAAAAUCAUUGAACUAUGAAAAUGAAAAGGGGACAUGAAAGAAAGAAUGCCCCUUGCGGUUGGCUCGGCGGAAAGCUGCUCGAUAUUGAAUUAAAUACGUCAAGCAAAACGGCUUAUGUGAUAAAUAAAUAAAAGUAAUUGUAACGUGGACCCGCUCAGAUUAGUGUACAAAAAGUCUCGAAUUACCCAAACUAGCCACAGCGAAACGUAAAAAAGAAAUAAAAGAGUAAAUAAUGAGCAACUCCAAAUUAUAAAUAUGUACAUGUUCGUAAGAUGAACCUAUUUUACCGGGUGAAAAUUUUGCAUAUAGUUGCGUUGAAUGAAAGCAAGCAAGACACAAGUAUGACAACACAGGUGAACCAACUGACAAGCCUUGAAGUAUUACAGGUUAGAGGCAAUUAAUGACGUCGUUGAAUUGCAUAGUCAAUAUAGCAACCAUGUUGAUACGAGGUUACCUUACUUUUAGUUUCAUGGACUAUGCUACCUAUGAUUAGGUACCCGUUUUAGUUACUGUAGUAGAGCUAAAAUGAAGUGAUGCGAAGUGAAUUGCUCCGCUAUACAAUGAUAAAAUGGGCUAUUAAACACCACCUUAAUCCACAUUGAACUGUUAAUAGACUGGAAAUAUUGCAUAGCAUGAAAAGAUACGAAUAUAUUUCACAGCAUGUAUAAUUUGAUAGAGUAAUAUUAGAAGUGAUACGUAACAUAGUAUUUCGGAAGAAGAGCUGUAGUAAACACUUUCACCAUGACAGCUGUGCCAAAUAUGUUGGUUAGUGCGAUUGAGGUGGACAUCGAAUCUUUUGUUCGGCCAAUCAGUCUGAAAUGAAGACAUUGGCUUAGUUAGUAGUUUAUCACUAAAAGGCUUAGAUUUUUUUUGUCUUAGAUAAACGAUCUGACCCGUACUUAUAAGGUUUAGAAGUAGCAGAAGGAUAAAAAAGAUAAAAUAACAUCUAGUUGGCGAACAUUAAUCCUUUUCAAGCACGACAAUAGCAAUAAAACGUACUAAAAAAUCAUAAACGAUGAUAAAAACUGAUUGUAAUCACCUACCACUGGAGAAAAUAAUAAGCCUUAGCUGCUGUGCCAAUAAGGAAUUCUGCACGACAGAGACUACCUUCAGAACCAUCAUUUACCUUAAAAAGAUACUUAAGAGACGAUCGUAUCAGGCCCCCCUUUGCGGAGCAUUCCAGCCACACUGAAUUCGUACACAUUGUAGUAUACUCUUUCGAAGAGGGACACGGAGGAAUAGUUGCUAGAAUAAGAAGCCAACAAUGAACAAGUCUAUAGAAGGGUAGCGUUUUUGUUUUACGUACCUAAUGGCCGAGGUAACGAGAGUUUUACAGGCGAAAUUAUUGCAAUAUCAAAUCUCAAACUGCUGUUGGCUGUGGGACAAGGAUUUUCCCUCCUCAACGAUAUCCGUAGAUUUGUGAUUAAGCAAACAGUGACUGUGUGACACUGAUUAGGUGACUGAAGCGAAACACAUGAAUCGAAAGAAUAUGUUUGUACACAUGUAUUCAAUAUAGCUGAGGAAUGAUGAGUGUGCCGAAUGUGUACGAAACUUUACCGUUUCAUUUGUAUAAGGUCGUAUACCUGUUUUAAAAGAAGGAAAAUUCAGAAUACAAAUAUUGAGUCUGUCGCGGUUGUACUGUCGGUGUCGGUGUGCAUGGCUUUGUUUGACUGACUUUUGAUUAGUUUAAAGCUCUCUUCCGAUAUAUUUUAUUUAAUUGUUUUUCUGUGGGGUUUACUUGAGCUUACAGUCUAUAGCAAGUUUGUCAUACAUUAUCAACGUGAUUGCAAUAAACAUGAAAUUUCAGGAGUGGUUAGCUGUAGAAA